CGUACAUUCUACCAAAGUAACACCAAACCUUAAAUCCCCGCUGCAGUAUCUCCGUUCACCUCAAAGCGAUCGGACAUCGUUCGAUCCUCCGCGACGUACUCUCGCGGUUCAGUCGACCGCCCGACUCAAACUCGUAAUACUACAUGUUUAUCUCCAUAUCGUUCUGCUCGUGGUGCUCGUGUUGUAAUGUGCCGAGGAAAUUGAAUUGAACAGCGAAUCGAACAAUAUCUCGUGUACACACUUUUAUGCUCUCUGAUCAUACGUAAUAUAGGUAUAAAUUUAUAGGUGUACAUACGUACGUACCAGGGAAAGUUGAGCGAUCCAGCGAUAUUCGGAGACGAGAGUUUGUAAAGGUACCAUGGAUUGGAGGGUGCGGUCGGUCACCCGACUUCUGCUGCUGGGAUGUUUACUGGCGUUCAUCGUUUGCGGCGCUGCAGGCGAGCAACAGAGGGUCGUGUGCUAUUACACCAAUUGGUCGGUAUAUCGGCCAGGUACGGCAAAGUUUUCACCACAGAACAUCAACCCCUACUUAUGCACACACCUUAUAUACGCUUUCGGUGGAUUUACCAAGGACAACGCGUUGAAGCCCUUCGACAAAUAUCAAGACAUAGAGAAAGGUGGAUACGCCAAGUUCACCGGUCUCAAGACGUACAACAAAAAUCUAAAGACCAUGCUAGCUAUCGGCGGAUGGAACGAAGGGUCCACCAGAUUCUCCCCUAUGGUUGCCGAUCCCGAGAGACGGAAGGAGUUCGUUAGAAACACCGUGAAAUUUUUGAGGCAAAAUCAUUUCGACGGGCUUGAUCUCGAUUGGGAAUAUCCCGCGUUCAGGGACGGGGGAAAACCCCGCGACAAGGACAACUACGCUGCUCUGGUUCAGGAGCUACGAGAAGCGUACGAACGCGAGUCCUCGAAGACCGGGCGCCCCCGGCUGCUCCUGUCCAUGGCUGUUCCUGCCGGCGUAGGGUACAUCGACAAGGGCUACGAUAUCCCGAAACUGGACAAGUACUUGGAUUUCAUCAAUCUGUUGUCCUAUGACUACCACUCCUCUUACGAGCCCGCUGUCAACCACCACUCGCCCUUGUAUCCCCUGGAAGAAGACAACGAGUACAACUUCGACACCGAAUUGACGGUCGACUACACGAUCAAGCAUCUGUUGGAGAGCGGAGCUACCGCGGACAAAAUUGUUCUCGGCAUUCCUACCUACGGGCGUUCGUACACGUUAUUCAACGAGGAAGCGACGGACAUAGGAUCGCCCGCGGACGGUCCCGGGGAAGAGGGCGACGCGACGAGAGAGAAGGGAUACCUCGCCUAUUACGAGAUUUGCGAAAGUCUGAUGGACUCGGACGAAUGGGAAGUGGUAUCCCCGAAUCCGAGUGCGAUGGGGCCGUACGCUUACAAGGGUAAUCAGUGGGUCGGCUACGACGACGAGAACAUCGUGAGGCGGAAGGCUAUGUACGUCACGGAACACGGACUAGGAGGGAUCAUGUUCUGGUCGAUUGACAACGACGACUUCCGCGGUAAAUGCCACGAUCGUCCUUACCCCCUGAUCGAAGCUGCCAAGGAAGCGAUGCUGGUCGGCGGCGGGAAAACCGCGACCGAGGGGAAGGUAACCGACAAGCGGACACGCGGCAAUUUCAUCGGCAAAAGACCCGGAGCAGGAAGACGAAGGACAACGGAGGCACCUGUUCGCCGAGAGAAUCCGAGGAAGAGAAUCGAUGCCUCGAAAUCGAGGAAACGACCCGCUACCGGAACAGACUCGGAGGAGCGAGAUACCCCGGUACAUCUCAAUGGAAGAAGCAGAGGGCAAUUCGACGAUUCCGAAGACGAACAGAACACUUCCAGUAGAUCUAGAAUUGGGCUCAAUAUUGUCAGAAGCGCUGAUUACGAAGAGGACGAUGACGGAGGAAGCUCGCUAUCCGAGACAAGAAAUCGUCCUCGCGACGAACAAGGAAGAAGAAGGCGACCCGAAGUUCCGAGAAGACGAACCAACACCCCUACUACCGGUAUACCGCAACGUAAUGCUGCGCAAGCACGAAGCAACCGAAUAACUACUCCGGCCCCACCGACCACUCCGGAUCCCGGAACAGAUUUCAAAUGCACGGACGAAGGAUUUUUCUCGCAUCCACGAGACUGCAAAAAAUAUUUCUGGUGCUUGGACGCGGGUCCGGGCGGACUGGGAAUCGUCGCUCAUCAUUUCACUUGCCCCGCAGGCCUUGUGUUCAAUAAAGCGGCCGAUUCCUGCGAUUACCCCCGCAACGUGAUAUGCCCCAAAGUGAAACCGGUUGAAAUUGCAACAACACGUGCACCGAAAGUGACCUCCACCCAUCGGCCUACUCGAAUCUCGAGUACCACUCGUCGUUCGGUGGAUUCCCACGAAUACAGCGAAGAAUAUGAAUAUUACGACGACGACGACGACGAGGAAAGCGAAGACGACGGCCCUUCCACCGUCGCUACCUCGACUACCGCUAGGAACCUACUCUACAAAACGAUUAAUAGGAAUAGAUCCGCGGCGACCAGCACCUUUGCACCAACGACAACUGGCGAAAUUCCCAAGGCUGUCACCUCGAGGUCCUACCAAUCGUUACCCUCGAGAGGCAGCACCGCGUCGCCGGUAUCGUCGACGGACGAGUCUGAAGAAGACCCGCAGGUCUUGAAAGAGUUGAUUAAACUGAUCAAGAAAGCAGGUGGGAUCGAAGAGGUAGAAAAACAACUUCAUCUUCAAGGUAAAGGCGGCGAAAGUAACGCGCGAACAGGUUCUGCAACACAUGUAGCCGAUGUAACUCCCGCUACUAUCAGCCGGAGCUUAUACGAGCGAGUUUUGAAUCGACAAGCAGCGAAUAGCGGUAGUUCGCUGUUCCGAAGGACCACACCGUCGCCGAACACCGUCACGGAAGUGGCGAUGCAACGAUCGGAUCCUCAACCAGCUGUAAUUUCAAGGUCGAGACCAAGUUACAGAAACGGUCCCGGGGAAACUCAAUUCGAAGGACUUGACGAUCUUCCCGAGGUUAAGAAUCUCAGAAAGGAACGUCCACAAUAUGUUACCAUCAACCGACAGCGGCCUUCGACCGGCUCUGCCGUUGAAAAUAACGAGGAGAUUCUCCAAGAUAAUACCGAUGGCACGUCGUUGGAAGACCGAUCGAUAACCAAUCCAUCGGAACAAACGUCGAAUACACCAAAAGAAACUCGUGGUUACGUGGACAUUCGUCGUAGCAGAACUUCAACUGCCAGAACCAAUGCGCCCGAAGUCGAGGACGAGGAUAGUUUUUACGACCAAAUUCGGGACCCUGUGAAAUCGGGCACGAUCUUUCUAGACGAGGUUGGUAACGCAUCGGAGGUUCCGUCACGUCGGAGAAACGAAUCUGUGAUCGACGAGUCUGAAACGCCGACUACAACGUCUAGAUACCUCACCAUCGAACGUGUGAGAAGCACCACUCAGAGGAUCAACACAUCGCCGGAGAAUGAUGAGCAAAUAAUAGAAAAUACUACCGAAUCGACCUCUCCCGCGACUGGAGUAACUCGCACUAUCCCUUUCAACAACAAAAUGGACAAGAACUCUGUUCCUGAAACGACUACCGCGAAUCGAGAGAUCAUCGAGCAAUCGGAUGUCGUUGACACCGCGAAUCCAGUUGUUCAACCGAUGCCGACAACUCUUUCUACAAAUUUUCUUUCCACAGACCUCCCUGUACUAAAUCUUGAUACUCGGACCGCUUCUUCACCUUCCAUAGUGAAGGCAGGCGAAGAAUUGCCACAUGCAAAACUGAUACCGGUUGUUGCAAGUCCUUCGACACAAGAGUCUAGCGAUAACGAUGAUUCGAUUACCAAGGAAACACCGAUUGUAGUACAUCCUAAACCAUUUGGGUUCCAAAGAAGAACCAGGCCGACGACUACUACUACCGCUGCUACUACUGUGACGCUAACGCCAGAAACAACAUCGUCUGGUAAUACUGAUACUGGACGUGUCAAGGUGCCAUUGGAAACAGUCAAGUUACCUACCCUCAAGGAGCUCAUUGGUUAUAAAACCAUUAUUGCACACGAAUACAAAUCCACCACACCAAUUACACUAUCAACUAAAAAUUCAUCCAACGACUACGAAAUAAAUACCGACGAGCAUAGCAAUAAUAUUGACACGACAGAGGCGACAGCUGUUUCUAAGAACGACUUUCGGCUCGAAGACGUAACGAGUAUCGCACCUACGGGAAUAGAUGAAGCCAUCCAGGCCACAGAGGAAGAUCGAUCGGGCACCGUAGCGUCGUUGGAUGCUGCCGGAAUAAAGACUUCCGCGAGAGACGCGAACGAUCGUAUUAUCGCCGAGUCGGAUGAAUUGAUCGCAUCAACAGAUCCCUCUCCGCCAGCCACCAUCCCGAUAAAAAUAUUACAGCAGGAUCGACCAAGAUCGAGAAAACGUAAAAUAAAAUUAGUCAAUAUUCCUGUUCGCAUCUUAGAGUCCGAUAGACCUGUGACAGAUGUUAUACUGGAAGUACCAGAAUCGAAAUUGAAUAGCGUAUUACGUUCGCUGUUGCGAGUAGAGAUUCUGAAGCCAAAUGACACGGUGAAUGGUAAUGGUGUCGUAACACAAAUUAUGGAUAGUUAUAAUCAAAGCAACGGACGCGGCGAUUCUCAUGAAAACAAAGUCGGAAACGUACAAAAUAAAUCCGGUUCAACUGUAUCUGAUGAAUUACUGGAGGCGAAUCUCAGUGGAGCUCCUUUCGCUUCGGAGCAUUCAUUUCCAUCUACAACACCGGAUGUUACCACCGUACGAGGUCAUAUACUGCCCACCUCUCACGCGCAAUCCCGAUCUCGAGGAUUUUACGUUACAAAAAGCAUCGAAAGCAACAUUUUGUACGAGAGUUCCACGCUACCGAGUUCUACAGAUGUGACGCAGCUCAACACUGAUUCUACCCAACAAUUUCCAGCAACCGUAUCUGAUAACGAUUCCUCAACGGUUGCAACGCACGGCUCUGCUACGGCUACGGAUCACGAAUCAACGACACAGGAAAUUUGGCCCUCGACAAUUACGACCAGUCUAGAAAACUUAAACAAUAUCCUGAGUGCCGAUGACAACAGCGGCAGCCAGCUGACAUUGGUGACCCAAAGUUCAGGGACAGAAGCGGACGCAACGUCUGAAGAAUACACACCGACCUCAACCAUAAACACAAACGGUGUCGAGUCAACAACAGACACAACUUUUACAACGUCAAACGACAUUACUUAUACUACGCCUGACUCUGAAGAAGUCUCGACAAGUAAUAAUACAGCCGGUAUCGGUAGCAUCACAACUGAGGAAAUAUCACCAGAGCCUGAUCGAAAUUUAGAAAUGCGUACAACUUUAUAUAGUACAAAAAUCAAUCCCAUUGACGCCGAAUUGGACUUUUUUACAGCGAGUACGACUGCAUCUGAAAUUCAGAGCACUACAAUUAUUCAGAAUACCAAUGGUCCCAUAGAAAGAACCGAUCCGGGUAUCGACGCGACCGGAUUAACUACAACUCUCGAUUUUUACGCUGUAACUAAAACACCAGAUUCCCAAACUGGUCAAGCGACAAGCGACAAUACAAGCACGAAAAAUCCAAAUUUCGAAAAAAUAUCGAAACCGGACCGAUCUGAGCCCGCUUCAGCAACAGACGAGACCGACUUUAUUGAUACAACGAGUUCCUUGAAUGCAGGAACUAUGAUUCCAAGUUCGGAUCCGGACAUUGACAUGUCCGAUCUUGUGACUACGGAUUCCACUUGGACAGGCCCGGUUACGACCCAAAUUUUACCUACUACUGACUUCUCCGAUUCUGAAAAUAUAAAAAUAAGUCAGGUGCACACGGAAACCACAACGGUAAUGGGUGACAGCGAAUCCACCACCGAAACAGGAAUUACUGUAACAUCACCAACUCUUAUAAAUAAUGAACCCACAAAGCCGCAAUUAGAAAUUCUAAAUCAAUCAGGUCACACUUCUGCCACUUCUGAACGAGUCGAUCUCGGACUGGAAUCAACUGUGGCCCCUUCGAAUAAGCCUUCCGAAGCGACUACGGGCAGAGAUACGUCGAUAAUUGAUACCGCCACACAAGAAGAGGACGUAAUCGCUAAGCCUUCGUCAUCGACACAGUUUACCGGUUUGGUGUAUCGAAGGCGUGGACCCUAUAAGUCUCCCACGGCUGUUCCGGGAAAGAAUAAGAAACGACGAGUCCUGGUUAGAAAGCGAAUCUACGGAAUUCGACGACCUCACGUCGUACCGGUUGCUGACAACGAAACCGCUGUUGACGUGAAAAAUCCAAAUACUGGAUUUUUGAAUAAAACGAUUAACAAUCCCCGUCGCAGAUACGUUCGGCGACGUAUCAUAAAUCACGCUACAGGCGAGAUUGUGGAUGAAACUCGUGAAGGAAAUCGGACGGUCGUAAUAAGUCAGACGGUAGCGAAUAAUUCGAACCCUGAGAUUGUCCGUAAGGUGAACAAUUCACCAGAGAUGAAAAAUGACGUUGUACAAAAAUUACUGAGACAUCGUGCGAUUUAUAGACGGCGACCGAUAAUUGAUCAAAAAAAUCAAAGAAACAGUUCCAUAGAAGCCAAUAUAUCUAGUCAAAAUAACAGUGCCAGUAUGAAUGAUGUGCAAAGUUCUAGUGUCUCGAGCGCUAAUCCAAAUCAACGAAGAAGAAUAGUCGUACAGAGGUUUAGGUCCAGAGAUACAGGACUUGCGAAAUCAUUCGCGGUAGGCUCCAGCCAGAGUCAAAGUUUGCAACGUCUUGUACGAUUGGAAGCUGCAGAUAUAAAUCGAUCUGACCCUACCGAAAGUACAGUGGAGGACGGCACGACCAAGGGACAAGGUUUUACUGACAUUAUAAUCGAUAAUUUGACCGGUGGUUCUGAGACCUAUGCCACAGUUAGCCUUUACGAAAGAGAAGAGCUUCCUCGAACGGAGAGCAUUGCCGAGACACAAUUUGGACUCGAACCUGCACUACAGUCUGAAGAUGUGCAGGCUAGCGAUGAGAUCAAUCUCUUCAAGACUCGAGCUGGAAUUCCGAGAACACCUGGGACUCUGAAUCGACCGUUGAGACCAAUCACGUCCACAACGACUCCUGGAACCGAUACCAUGACGACGGUUUCGUCAUUGACACCCACAGAUACCGUGACGCCUCGUCAAAGAUUUCAUCAAAGUCAAAGGCCAACAGCCGAGGCUAUCGAGGGUGACGGGCAAAGUCGGUCACGUUUUGGCGACGAUGGGCCUUUGAAAUCUGAAGUAAAUAGGGAUCUCCCUGAUUCCUUGGACCAAACGGUUCACGCACAAGAAGUAAAAGUGACCGUUGCUCUUGGAGAAUUCUCAUCUCCAACACCACCAACCGUGAAAGGUCGGCCACCGUUCAGAACUUCUAUAAGGCGUAAGAUAGUUACCACCGAAGCUCCUCAAGUCACAGUCUCCCCCACAACAACCCGAACUGUCGUGAGACAAAGGCAGAGGCCGGAAAUUUUUGAAAAGAUUAAUAGAAAUGUACCUGCAGCCAGACGUCAUCCAGCGAUUGUUGAAUACGAUUAUUAUGAAGAUUCAGAUGAGGGAAUCGUAGGAAGAUCCAAGAUCUCCAGCAAGAUAGCAGUGGGUGCGAGAGGUUCCAUUCAAUGCUUGGAUCAGGGCAACUUUCCUCAUCCGACCUCCUGUAAGAUGUUCAUAUCUUGCGCAAAACUAGUUAGCGGCGAAGUAAUCGGAACCGAGUACACUUGCCCAAAAAGGUUGUCAUUUGACCCCAUCGGUGGUAUUUGUAACUGGUCAGCAGGAUUAGGAUGCAAAGAGUAGUUUAUUGAUGAAAUCAGAGAACACCCGAUUUGGAAAUCUGUCUCUCUUCUCAUUUUUCUGCUUCUCAAUUUUUGAACUGCUAAGAUCAAACUUGAAAACUUGAAUUUCAUAAUUGGAUAAAAAAAAUCUAAGUUGAGAGGUUCGUCAUUAUUUAGAACUAACGACUUGUACUCUCAAUGACAAAAUUAUUGGUUGAAAUUUUGUAAAGAUGUGCUACCAUCGAUGAAGGAUGUAAUUCGAAGUACAAGUCGAUCGAUAACUGGGACGUGUCACUUUGCUAGACUAUGAUUUACUCUGCUCCAUUUCUUCGUUGAUCAACAAUUUUAUAGCAGUAAUAAGUUAUAUGUUAUGAUAUUCAUAUAUAUGUGUAAGUCUCCAUAGAAUGUGAAUAAAUAAACGUAUUUAUAUUUUUAUA